CCGGAUUCACCUGCAUUCGGUGAUAUGGUGUAUUUCACAUUUCACAUUUCACAUUUGACCAAAUACCAACACGGCAACACCCUUUGCUUAACCGUACUUUGAAAAACACCAUUCGACCCUUUAAAAGCAUAUGUAAAUAGGAAACGGGGAAGAUAUCUCAGUAGAAAGACAGUAGAAAACCAUUUAAAAAAUGCACGCGAACUGAAGGGUCUCACAUCCAUGGCGUCUUGGCAUUUCCUCAAACACCUAACCUACACACUUGGUGCCCAUUCCACGACGGUGCUCUCCCGCCGCCUAAUUCGCUCAUCAUCUCCUGCACUAUCAAUCUCAUCUUCACUUACUUUUCUCUCCAAACAUCGUCACAAAGUUAGUUACCACUGCCCUUCCCAUAAUAAUAAUAUCCCAAUCAAAUUCAGAAUUCAUACGGCAGCUUCUUCUUCAACCGCUCUACCAGACAAGGCUUCAACUCCCUAUCUUUCGGUUCUGAUUCACUGUCCUAAAGAUAAUGCAGAUGUGCUUUCAGAAGCACUUUUAUGCUUUGGUGCAAGUUCUGUUACCAUGGAUCAAAAUGAUGCAUGUCAAACACUAGAUGAGAUUUGCAUUACUUCUAUCUAUCCACAAGAAGAGGAUAUAAAUUUGAGCAUUUCCCAUGCAUUUGAUUCUAUUGGUUUCAAGGAGAAACCAAGAUACGAAAUUAAAGCUAUCGAGGAGGAGGACUGGAUAAAGAGAUCUCAGGAAUCGUUUCGUCCAGUAGAAGUUACUAAAGGUCUGUGGGUGGUGCCUGAGUGGAGUACUCCAACUGAUGUCCAAGCAACAAAUAUAAUUCUCAAUCCUGGUCAUGCUUUUGGAACAGGAGAACAUGCCAGCACUAAACUUUGUCUAUUACUCUUGCAUGGUUGUAUAAAAGGAGGAGAAUACAUCCUAGACUAUGGCACGGGCUCUGGAAUUCUCGCAAUUGCAGCUCUUAAGGACCGGAAUUCGGGACGGACGAUUGGCGUCGGAUGUGAGUCACAAGGCCUCCAUUACCUUUCUACAUCUUCCAAGACGUGCUCCGCCACAUGGUCCCCUCAUACUAUCCAUGCUCAGCUAGGACACCCAAGUCUUACCAAACUACAAAAACUGUUCGGUGCUGCCUUCGCAGUUGGAAUUGAUGUAGAUUCACAAGCAAUUGAAUCAGCAUAUCAAAAUGCUGCCUUGAACAACAUUGGACCAGACAGAAUGCAACUGCAGCUAAUUGCUAGCGAAAAUUCUGCAUCCUUGGUGGGUGACUGGACAUCCGGUGUAGUACAGGGUGAAAACACUCGUGAGAUACAAACUGUCACCGGCAACAAUACGUAUGAUGUAGUCAUUGCAAAUAUACUCUUAAAUCCUUUAUUAGAAAAUGCUGAUCAAAUUAUCUCUUGUGCAAAGCCUGGAGCAAUUAUUGGUCUUUCUGGCAUAUUAUCUGAACAGGUUCAUCACAUCUUAGAAAGAUAUUCACCAUUCUUAGAAGGAAUAGAAGUGUCCAAAAUGGACGAUUGGGCCUGCGUGAGUGGUAGAAAAAGUAGGAAUUUGGAUGCAUGCUGACUCAUGUCUAUAUGUGAUCAAUAUGGAAAAGUUUGGUAGUCCCCAGCCAACCUCUCAAUGAUCACACUCAUCAUAUUGUUCUGUAUUUUGGUAGAGCGCGGGAUAUAAAAAGUUGCUUUAAAUUUUAUGACAAGUUUGUGUUUAAGGUUAAUAGUGAUAUUUCAGUAUAGUUCAAUUAGUGGGUUGUAAGGGCAUCGAUUUGCAGAAGUUAAGGUUGGAACAUGAAAUUAUCCACUUUUCCUUUUUUAAAGUGUACGAGUCUAAUUACUAAGUAAUUUGACAAAAAAAAGUAUUUUUUUUAAGA